AUGGAUAAUUUAGUAGAAGAAUUAAUUUCUGCUCAAAAUGAUGAUGAAAACCAAAAAAAAGAAAUUGUAAAUUAAGUAGAGGAUGAAAUUAAUGGUAUUUUGUAGAUUGAAAACAAUGGAUGUGAUGAAUAAUCAAAAGCAAAUUAAAUUUAAGGAAAUUAAAUACUAAACAAUGAAAAUUAAAAUAAUUAAUAAUUUGUAUAAAUGUAAGAGGAUCUUUAGCAUAGAAGACUUGAACUUGAAGAAUAAAUUAAAAAAAAUACAUCAUUGGAGUUAUAAAUUAGUAAUUUGCAAUCUUACUAAAAAAAAUAAAUAUAAACAUUGGAGGAUGAAUUUGAUAUUAAAACGAAAGAUCAUUAAAAUUAAAUAAAAGAGUAUUAGGAUUAAUUAGAUAAUUUGAAUAAAGAAAUUGAAAAAUUAUCUUUUUCCUUGAAAAAAUCAGAACAAAAAUGCUUAUAUCUUGAAGAGGCUUAAUAAGAAUAAAAUAAGCAGCAUAAAAUAGAUAUAGAAUAAUUAAUAGGAAGAUUAUAAAAAUCAGAAUCAUCUACAUAUAAAUAUUAAUAAGAAUUAUAAAAAAAUCAAAGUAAUUUAGAUUUAAUAUCAAAAUAAAAAAAAGAAAUAGAAAAUUAUAAAAUACAAAUAUCAGAAUAAAACAAUUUAUUAGACAUAAUUAAAUAGGAUAAUAAAACGAUUGUUUAGAAUUUAGCAGAAUAAUUAAGAAAGGAAUAAUAAAAAACUCAUGAAGUAAAUAAUGAAAAAGUAAAGAUAGAAUAAUCUAUAUAAAGGCAGUUAAAUGAAAAAAAUGAAUCUAUAAAAAAAUUGUAAAAUGAAAAACAUUAAUUAAAUCAAUAAUUAUCUUCCUAAGAACAAAAAAGCUAAAAACUUAUAAAAUCCUUAGAAGAUUAAAUAGAAAAAGUUAAUAGUGAAAUUAAGGAGUUAAAAUAAAAGUCUUAAUAAAUUAAUAAUAUAAAUGAGUAAUCUAAAAUGAAGUUAAAAUAGCAGGAAGAUAUUAUUAAUUAAAUCAUAGAUGAAAAUACUUUAUUUAAAAAAUAAAUCGAAGAAUAAUAGAAAUAAAUAAUAAAACUUAAGGAUCAGUGUUAGAAAGAAAUUGAAUAAAAAUUACAUUUUGACAGCAAAUGCUUAAACCUUUUGGAAGAAAAAGAAGUAGCAGAAUUGAAAAUUAAUUAAUUAGAAUCUAAAUUAUUAGAUCAAUAAAAUAUGUAAAAAGAAUUUUAAAAUAAAACUUAUCUUGAUUAUGAAAAUUUUGAAAAUACAAUUAAGUCUCUAAAUUUAAAAUUAAAGGAAGAAGAGUAAAUUUCAGAAAAUAAAAUAUAGGAAUUGAGUAAUUAAUUGAAGUUACAAACGGAAAAAAAUUAAUAAAAUACUAAAUCAUCAGAAAAUUUAAAUUAAUAAAUUGAAAUAUUAAAUAUCUAAAUUUCAGAGAACGAACAAAAAAUUAUUUAGAAUUCUUAAUAAAUUAUAGAUUUUGAAACAUAAAUUAAGGAUCUAUAAAUAAGAAAUUAAGAAUAAAAUGAUGAAAUUGCAAUGCUUAAUAAUUAGAUUAUAGAACAUAAUGAAAAAUCAAAAUAAGAAUAAAACUUGAAUGAACAAUUAAAAUAGAAUUUAAAUUAAUUUGAAAUUCUUAUUGAUGAAUUAUAAAAAGAAAAAAAUUAAUUGUAAAUUUAAUUUGAUUAAUAAAAAGAAAACAGUAUUUAAGAAAAGAAAUAAAUAUUAGAAGAAAUAUCGAAUUAAAAAGAAGAAAUAGUAAAGUAUGAAGCUGAAAAUAAAAUUUAAUUGAAAGAGAAGGAUGAAAAUUUAAUUAUUUUAUAGAAUUAAAUUUAAGAUUAAAAAUAAAAUAUUUCUUAAUUAUAAGAAGAGAACAAUAAUUAUAAAUAAAAACUUCAAUUAUUAGAAGGAAUUCAAUUAGAACUUAACAAUCAAGUUGAAAUUUUAACUUCGUAGAUUAGUGAAAAAGAAAAUACAAUAAAAUAACUUGAAGAAGUUAAAAAUUAAUUUUAGUCUUAAUUAGUAUUAUGGACAGAAACCAUAAAUAUAAAAAUGAAUGAUUUAGAAUAAUAAACUUUAAAAAAUGAUUCUAGUACUAAAGUUUUGAUGUAAGAAAUACAGACAUUAAGUUAAAAAUCAAAAGAAUAUGAAUAAAUUAGUAGCCCUUAACUUCAAAUAGUUACAUAGAGUGAUAGUCAAAAAGAUAUAAAAAUAGACUAGCUUUAACAAGAUCUUUCAGAAGCAAGUACGAAGUUGGAGAAUAAUAGAUAAAAAUUUGAAGAAUAAUAUGCUUUAUUACGUGAUGAACUUACUAAAUAGUAUGAUGAGAUGAUUCUAAAUAAAUUGAGUAUUUAAAAGUUACAAUUAAGUACUUAAUAUGAGUAAGAGAAUAGUCAGCUUAAAGAUGAGAUUAAAAUAUAGAAAUAAUUAUUAUUAGAUUACUAAUAGGAAUAACAAAAUUUAAAUGAACAAAUGAAAGAUAAAAUAGUUUAAUAUUAAAAAGAAAUUGACGAUUUAACUAAAUUAUUAUAAAAUGAAGAAAGCCAAAAAUAAAUUAUGAUUUAAGAGUUAGAAUCUAUUAAUCUUAAAUUAAAUGAGAUGGAUAAUCUCAAGUUGUAAAAUGAUGCACUUUAAAACAAUUUAAAAACAGAAUAAGAGUAAAAAAAUUUAAUGGUCUAACAAUUUUAAAGUGAAAUAGAUAUUUAAAAGUCUUAAAUUAUGCAAGAAUAAAAAAAUAAUGAAUUGAGUAUAGAGAAAAUUAAUUAAUUAUAGUAAUAAAUCUAAGAGUUAGUAGCAAAACAAGAAAAAAUUCAUGUUGACUUUGAAUUAAUGUAAGUUAGUUUAAGAGAAGAAUAAGAGAAAGAGCUAAAGCUAUUAAAUGAAUUCAAUUCUUAAAGUAUACUUUUAGAAGAGACUUAAUAGAAACUUGAUGAAUCAGUUUAAUAAAUAAUAGAUUUAGAAUAAUAAUAUUCUUCUGAGAUUUAGUUAUUGAAAAAUUAAGUUACUGUUCUUAAUAAUUAAAAUCAAGAUAUGGAAUCUUAAAUAGCUAAAAUUAAAAGUGAUCAUUUAAUUGAAUUAGAAUAAAGUUCAAAAAAAUUUGAGUUAAAACUAAAUUAAGAAAAUUAAAAUAGUUUAUUAUAAUUACGUGAUGAUUUUGAAAAAGCGGCAUUUGCAUUUUAGGAAUAAAAAAAAAGAAUGGAAGAGGAAAUUAAUGGAUUUUAAACUUAGAUUGAAUAAUUGGAAUUAAAGAAUUUAGAAUAUAGAUAAUAAUCAAAAGAAUAAUUAGAGAAAAAGCAUUAAGAUUAUUAACAAGAGGUUGCUUUACUAAAACGAUAAAGAAUGGAAUAAGAUGAUAUGAUAUAAUCUUUAUAAAAGUCUUAAGUUUUAUUAAAAGAAAGAGAAACUUAAUUAGAUAAAAUAAAUGUCUAAUUAUAAACAAUGUAAGAGGAAACUUAUCAGAUGGAAUAAAAAUAUGAAAAUCUAAUUUUGUCAUAAAAAUAAAAGCAUGAAUCUUAAAUUGAUGAUUUACAUAGAUUAAUUUAGGAAUUAAAAUAGUAAUUAAAUAAUGUUGAAAGUGAAGGUAGAAUGAUGUAAAAUAGUCUAAAUGAGAUGGAAGCUCUAGAUUUUAAAUGUAAAGAACUUAAAACUUAAAAUGAAGAGCUCAAAAUCAAAAUCUAAGAACUAUAAAAUUAACCUGAUUUAGAGAAAUCAGAAAUUUAAGAUAUUAAUAAUAAGAAAGUAGAGGAAAGUGAUUAAAUAAAAGAAUUAAGUUCUUAAUUGUUGGAAUAAUAAAAAUAGAAUUUGGAAGUUUAGGAAUAGCUAGUAAAAGAAAGAGAAUUGUUGAAUAAUUAAAUAAUAGAGCUUAAAGGAGAAAUCCAAGAUUAAAAGAAGUUAAUAAUAUAAUAAUAAGCAUAAAUAUAAUCAAUCAAUUUAUAGUAAUAGACUAAAUAAAGCUAAGAGUCUUCUAAUUUAACUAAUUUUAAUCCUUAUUUGUAAAAUCUAUCAUAUUAAUAAGCUUAAUAAGGGGAUAAAUAGAAUACAAUAUCUUACAAAGAGUAUUAAGUAUUAGAGAAAAAAUCAAAGGAAUAAUAAAACUAAAUAAAAUAAUUGUAGAAUGAAAUUGUUGUUCUGAAAUAGUAAUAGGAAGAUUAAGGAAGAGGGGAUAAGUAAAAAGCUUCAAGAAAUUCAACUAAUUCAAUGGAAACUAUUAUAGAAAAAUGUGCAGCUCUUUAAUAAAUAAUUGAUGAAUAAAGUAUAAUAAAUUCAAAACUAAAUGUUGAAAUAGCUCUAUUUAAAUAAUAGAAUGAAUAAUUAAAAGAAGAUUUAAGACUUUGUCAUCAGGAACUAAAAGAGUUGAGAGAGAUAGUUUAAGAUAAAUUUAGAUUGGAAGGUGAACUAUAAUAAGCACUUUCAUUAGUAGCAGAGCAAGACAAUUAAACAAAUGUAUUUUAUUUAUAUUAAGUAGCUAACCAAAGAGUUAUCAGAAAAAAAUAGUAAACAAUAGGAAGAAUUAGAAAUUUUGAGAAAGCAGUCGAAAUAAAUGGAAAAAUAAAAAUAAAAAGUAAAUAUACUCAAGAUUAUUUAGAUGUAAGAAAAAUUGAAUGAAACAGUUGAAGAAUUUGAAAAAUUGAAAAAGUAACAGGAAAUAUUAAAGUAGGAAUAAGAGCAAAAAAAUACUAAAUUAAUAGAGUUGGAAAAAUUGCUUUAAUCUUAAUUGUAAGACUGCUCAAUAUUGGAGUCUUAGUAUAAUGAAUCAAAUUAGAAUAAUGAAAAUUUGAAGAAAUAAUUAGAGGAAUUGAAAGUAAAAAGCAUAAGAGAAAUAGAAGAGUUAAGGAUAAAAAGUAUAAGAGAAAUAGAGGAAUUAAAUAAAGAUAAUGAAUAGAAACAGAAGAGAAUAGUAGAAAUGUAAGGAGAGAUAUAGAAUUUAAUUAAGGAUGUGCAUACAUUAAAAGAUUUUUAGGCAAGAUAAAAAUAAGUGUCAGAUGCACCAUUAACAAAGAAAGAUAAGAUUGUAGUAGAAUCAUUGGCAAAUAGAAUUUAGGAAUUAGAAAUAUAGAAUAAGACAAUAAGGGAGCAAUUUUCAGGGAAAAUAAUAAAAUUAACAAAUGAUUUAGAAGAGAAAGUGUCAUAUAUUCAAAUGUUCGCUUAUCAUCUGAGUAAAGGAUAUCCAAAUUUAACAGAAGCAGAUUUGUAAGAAUAAUGAUAAUAAAUUAAUAGGAUAGAGAAAGAAGAUAUAAAAUUAAUCCAGUAAAUAAAGAAGAAAUAGAACAUUUAAGAAAUAAUAGAAGUAAUAUAAAUAUGAAUUAUAUUAGAAAACGAUGAUAGAGAACUUGUAAUUAAGAGAGUAAUUAAAAAUAUUAGGAGCAGAGUUAAAUAAGAAAAAAUGAG